GGCCUACGAAAAGGUUAGGUAGUGGAUCAUACCUGCCGAACCUCAUCUGAGUGCCUGCGUUAUAGGUUAGGUACUAAUCUAAGUUAUUACAAACAAUACAAACAAGAAGCUUCAACUGCCACUGCCACUUCAUCUGCGACAUUGUCUUCUACAACUAACAUUUAUGAUUUACGCGAACGCAAACGAGACACAGACGACGGAGCUCGCCACAAGUCCCAAACACAAAUAAGAAAACCGACCAAGUCUUAGGUAUUCCGUAAUUAACAAUGGAUAAGCUUCCGCCAGAGAUCCUCCUCCAUAUCCUCGAAUUUACCGUCGUAGCGCUCUAUGGCAACAAGAACAAUCUUCUUAGGCUACGCGCCACUUGCAAGCUAUUCAAUGAAGUUCUAAAACCUUUUGCCCUCCGGACGCUUCAAUUGGAAUUCACGCGCCUCGAUCGAACCGAGAGGAGGCUAAAACCGCCCGACUACGAUGCCUUGCGCCGGAUAGGACCUCUCUGCCAGGCGCUAUACCUGGAUAUGAUGGUUGUGAGAGACGAUAGUGAAGUAGGGUUCUUGGGUAGUAUGUUUGCUCAGAUCCCCGCCAUGAACUCCUUCGUAUCUCGUCUACGAAAUACCUACUGCAUGAAUGACUACUCCUUUACCGAGAUCGACUACCGCCACCAACUAGGUCGUCUUCUCGAACAAGCGCCCAACGUCACAGCAGUAAAGCUAAACCUACCCUUCCAAUUGGUGUCCCCAGGACCGUAUAGCGCAACGACUAUGAUACUAGGGAAUACCUUCGACGCCUUGGCACAGCGCCCAGAAGAAUCCGAAACUCUCAGGACAUUGGUAUUAGAGAACCUAACCGACAGGUCCAUAGCGAGCCUCUGGCGGAACCCUCAGGACGUGAAGAACAUAAUCGGCGCCUUCAGGGAUCUCCGACAUCUAUUCUUAUCGGUUCGGCGAAACGAGGAGGAGCGAGAUCGCACUAUCAACUUCCGCAACCGCUUAUGGGAGAUGAUCGGGAAGGCAGAAAAACUCGAAAGCCUAUGUCUGGCCGACCUGGACGUAAACGAAAAGCACUAUUGGGAUAUCAAGACCUCGUCGCAGCGGGACUCGACGCUCGAAGAGUGGCAGUUCAAGUCCAUACCCACAAUCCACAAGCCGCCUAAAUCAGUCUUGCCUAAUCUAACCCACCUGGAAUUAUGGCAAGUCGAAGUCAUGGGCUCUGGUCUUGUGUCUGUACUCAAGUGUUUUGGCCACUCCCUAAAGGAGCUCUUCCUGGACGGCGUCUACCUCAAGACCGUCUAUAGCGCCGAGUCUCCUCAGGACGUAAACAGCACGCUAUGGAUCGGCUUGCCCAAUGUACGACCGCCGCCUAACCACCAGUGGGUAGCAACGUGCCUGCGCCAGAUCCGAGCCCAACUUCGUGUCUGCCGCGUCGCCAACCUGGGGUACGACCAGUACGUCAUGAGCGACAAUCCUCUCAACAGCGCAGAGUACGACACCGUGGAUCCCUGCGGACUAGGGCGAUGCAUAGAGCAGCGCUUCGUAGAAGUGGCCACGGGAGUAAAGCAGCCUGCGGCUCCUGACGGAUCUCCGGUCGCCUACUUCCCGGAAGAGGGGUCGCAGGAGCCCUGGGCCUUGGCCGACCGGGAACGGCCCGCCGAGGGGCUCAGCAGCGAGGAUUGGAAUGUGAAGCACUACAUGGCAACGCGAUACAGUCCGACCUCGAGUUGGCAGCGAUCCAUCGACGGCUUGUUUCCCAACUGCAACCAGUUUACGCUCAAUGCACUUAAUAGCUUUGCUGACAGUGCCUGCACUGGCAUGACGCUGCUGAAGCAGCUGCAAGAUCACGAGAAUGAAUUGUCUAUAUCCGUAUAAUAUAAUUUGGCGGAGACGCGUAUAUGCGUACCCAGGUUUCCUUUAAACCUCUUUCCUCGAAUACCAAAGCAAUACCCAUUUUUUUAUUAACUGCGCUCCUUUGUUUUCAUUUCACGAUCCGUGCUUAGUGUUCCCUUGGCUUAUGUGGCAAAGAGCCAUUAUAAUAGUAAUACUGGAUGAGUCUGUUGGUGACGCUGACCAGCGUCUGGUCUAAUGGGGAAACUGGACGGACUCUUUCUUUGUACACAAUAUUAGAUACCAUUAAUCCAGGAGAUAUUAGCAAUGGAGCAAAGUAACUAUUACUAGGCUAACGAGAGAGCAUCCCGAGU